UUGGGUCUGAAAUGUGCUUUGUGUGUGUUCUGCUGAAGGAAACUGGCGAAGAAGCGUAAGGAGACGCUGAGCAGCACGAGGCAGGAGAUGACGGUGAUGGUGAACUCCAUGGACAAGAGCUACGCUGAGCAGGGCACCAGCUGCGACGAGGCCAUUUCAUUCAUGGACACACACAACCUGAACGGACGCUCUGUCUCCUCGCCGUCGUCGUUCACCGUGAAGACUAACACACUGAGCACCGCUGUGCCAAACUCCUACUAUCCAGAUCCCUUCGUGCCGACCGCAAUCUUAGUGCCCAUUAAUGAUGAAAACCACACCAUGAACAGCGAGACCAGCAGCUUGGUUCAGUCGCACACUCACUCCUUCAAGAAGCGCGAGGCGGUGGACGUCCCAUAUCAGACGGGACAGCUUCAUCCGGCCAUCCGUGUGGCCGAUCUCCUCCAGCACAUCACGCAGAUGAAGUGUGCCGAGGGUUACGGCUUCAAAGAGGAAUACGAGAUAAACGAGAGCUUCUUCGAAGGGCAGGCGGCGCCGUGGGACUCGGCCAAAAAAGAUGAGAACAGAAUGAAGAACCGUUACGGCAACAUCAUCGCAUACGAUCACUCUCGUGUGCGGCUGCAGCCUCUGGAGGGAGAGCAGAGCUCCGACUACAUUAAUGCUAACUAUGUAGAUGGCUACCAUCGACCGAAUCACUACAUCGCCACACAAGGUCCGAUGCAGGAGACGGUGUAUGACUUCUGGAGGAUGGUGUGGCAGGAGAACACUGCGACUAUCGUGAUGGUCACCAAUCUGGUAGAAGUCGGGCGGGUGAGUGAAGCCCUCCGUCCUCUCCUGAUCACACACACACACACACACGCACACACGCUCUGCUGAUUUUAUUAAAGUCAAUAUGAGAGAAACCUCUCCGGACCGAACCCUGGUAAACAUCUGAGAUGUGAACAAAAGACAGUGAACGCUUGAGGGAAGAGAGAUGAACACAAACACAGAAGUCUCCAGACCUUCAAACCUUAACAUCCAGAUCCCUCAGAAGAGUGAGAUUCAGACGUUCAGCUCGUGUUUUACUCUUUUAGAUUCAAGUUCAAAGUCAGUCAGUCGCUGGUUUGAUAUCGUUUCUGUUGUUGUGUGGAGUAGAUUGAAACUGUUUUAUCUUUUAUUUCAUCUAGUUGCAAAGAAACCUUUCUUAUUUUACUUUAGUUUUAAAUUG